CGUUCAGUGGCGGCGGUGGGGCUCCAAGACAGCUGUGCCAAAUCCCGAGAUGAAGUCGCGGGUGGUGGGCGCCGAGCUAUUGCUGCUGCUGGUGCUCGGCACGGUGCGGGCUCUGCGCUGCACGCACCCUCCGCGCUGCACCGACCCUCCGCGUCGCUACACCGCGGACUGGCCGAGUCUGGACUCCCGGCCGCUACCGGCCUGGUUCGACGAGGCCAAAUUCGGAGUGUUUGUGCACUGGGGCGUGUUUUCGGUGCCGGCCUGGGGCAGUGAGUGGUUCUGGUGGCACUGGAAGGGCGAAAAGCUGCCACAGUACGAGAGUUUCAUGAAUGAGAACUACCCACCCAAUUUCACCUAUGCCGACUUCGGGCCAAGAUUCACUGCGCGCUUCUUCCACCCGGACAGCUGGGCCAACCUGUUCGAGGCCGCCGGGGCCAAGUAUGUAGUCCUGACAACAAAGCAUCACGAAGGCUUCACAAACUGGCCAAGUCCUGUGUCUUGGAACUGGAACUCUAAGGAUCUGGGGCCCCAUCGUGAUUUGGUUGGUGAGUUGGGAGCAGCCAUCCGAAAUAGGAACAUACGCUAUGGACUCUAUCACUCACUCUUAGAAUGGUUCCAUCCUCUCUACCUACGUGAUAAGAAAAAUGGCUUCAAAACACAGCAUUUUGUCCAUGCAAAAACAAUGCCAGAGCUAUAUGACCUUGUUAGCAGGUACAAACCUGACUUGAUUUGGUCUGAUGGAGAGUGGGAAAGUCCUGAUACUUAUUGGAACUCUACAAAUUUUCUUGCUUGGCUCUACAAUGAUAGCCCAGUUAAGGAUGUUGUCGUAGUAAAUGACCGAUGGGGUCAGAACUGUUCCUGUCACCAUGGAGGAUACUACAACUGUCAAGAUAAAUUCAAGCCAGAGACCUUGCCAGAUCACAAGUGGGAGAUGUGCACCUCAAUAGACAAGCUGUCCUGGGGCUAUCGUCGCAACAUGGCAAUGGCUGACAUCGCAAGUGAAUCUCGAAUCAUUUCGGAACUGAUUCAGACAGUAAGUUUGGGAGGCAACUAUCUUCUCAACAUUGGACCAACUAAAGAUGGACUGAUUGUUCCCAUCUUCCAAGAAAGGCUUCUUGCUGUUGGGAAGUGGCUGAGCAUCAAUGGGGAGGCUAUCUAUGCCUCCAAACCAUGGAGGGUACAAUCUGAAAAAAACACGACCUCCGUGUGGUAUACCUCAAAAGGAUCAGCUAUUUAUGCCAUUUUCCUGCACUGGCCAGAAGAUGGAAUCUUAAGCCUUAAAUCCCCCAUAACUACUUCGACUACAGAGGUAACAAUGCUGGGAAUCGAAAAGCAUCUGAAGUGGUCCCCAAAUCCAGGUAAAGGUCUCCUUGUGUACCUGCCCCAGUUACCACCCUCUGCUCUUCCGACUGAGUUUGCUUGGACUGUAAAGCUGACAGGAGUGGAGUGAUCAUUGGAGUUCAACAAGAGACACUGCCUACACUUUGAUUUUCCUCUUAUAGUACCAUCACUGUAAUAACUACCCCUGUCUACUCACACAUCUCUUUUCCAACGCACUUUAAUAAAAGGAAGGAAUUACGUUAUGCUGAUGUCUCACAGGAUCAAAGAUCUGAGAUCGAUUGCUAGCAUCUCUCUCUCUGAUCAGCAGAAGGGAUUGAACAGUUAAGCUUAUCCUAACUUUGGGAAUUAUCUACGAUGGAAACUUCACUCUAUUCUGUGUUUCAUAACCUGCUUGUUUACUCAGAUGACUUCAGAUCAAGAAUAAGCCAAGUCAUCCCGUUGCCUAUGGGAGGAGCUGAAAAGGAUUUGGCAAAAUCCACCACAUGCUAUUUAUUUAGCAUCAAAUGUGACCAAUUACCCCCACCUACCCCCAGGAGCAGGAGAUCCUGGAGGGGAAGGAAGAUGCUUCCUAGGCUGCUAAUAGCUUUUUAGAAGUUUCCAAAGCAAACUAAGAGCUCUGAAAUUCAGUCUAUUUACAGUCAUACUAUGAAGAAAAUGAAUGUGAUUCUGCCCUACUUUCUUUUUUUAAAAAAUUUAUUUAUUUAAUCUACUUUUGGCUGCGUUGGGUCUUUGUUGCAGCGCACAGGCUUUCUCUAGCUGCGGUGAGCGGGGGCUACUCUUCGUUGUGGUGCGCGGGCUUCUCCUUGCAGUGGCCUCUCUUGUUGCGGAGCACGGGCUCUAGGCGCACGGGCUUCAGUAGUUGUGGCAUGUGGAUUCAGCAGUUGCGGCUCACGGGCUCUAGAGCACAGGCUCAGUAGCUGCGGCGCACCAGCCCAGUCAGUCCGUGGCAUGCGGGAUCCUCCCGGACCAGGACUCGAACCGGUGUCCCCUGCAUUAGCAGGUGGACUCUUAAGCGCUGCACCACCAGGGAAGCCCUGCCCUGCUUUCUUUAAUACAAUCAAAUAAAUAAAUUUGUACAUCAAAUUAUUUUCUACCAAAAAGCAUGUUCUUCCAGUUUCUAUAUGGAUUGCUUAUAGCCUUAUGUUUAUGUUUUAUAAAAACGUAGAAGGGGGGUAACCUGCCAAGUCUCUUUAAUGCAGAGCAAAGAAAGUGAUUCCUUUGGUUCUUCUACUCCUCACUUCUAGUACCAUUCUUUUGAGGUGACUAUCAGUUCACCCUCUCUAACUGUUAUAGAUCUAAUAAAGUUUUCUGUUUCUUUUUUAUUUA